UACAAUUGGAGCAGGCUUGCUGACCUCACAGCUGAAAGCACUAUUUAAGAUCUGGCUACCAGAUGUUCCAAUAGGAUCUAGCCAGCUGCUAGCAGAGGUUACCCUGAGUGUUUUAACAGGGAAUAUUUACAGCCUAAUUGUUCGGAAGAGAUGAUUGCACUAAUUUUCUUUUCUGCCCUGCUGUGGGACAAGGCUCAAGCAUGGGGAUUCAAGGACGGAGUGCUGCAUAACUCUAUUUGGCUAGAACGAGCAGCCGGAGUGUAUCACAGGGAGUCGCGCUCUGGGAAGUACCAGCUCACCUACGCGGAAGCAAAAGCCGUCUGUGAAUACGAGGGAGGCCAUCUAGCCACGUAUCAGCAGCUGGAGGCGGCGAGAAAAAUAGGUUUCCAUGUGUGUGCUGCUGGCUGGAUGGCAAAGGGCAGAGUCGGUUAUCCCAUUGUCAAAGCUGGAGCCAACUGUGGCUUUGGAAAAACUGGUAUUGUUGAUUAUGGGAUUCGCCUCAACAGAAGCGAGAGAUGGGAUGCCUACUGCUACAACCCUAACGGAAAAGAAUGUGGUGGAGUCUUCACAGAUUCAAAACAUGUUUUCAAGUCACCAGGCUACCCAAAUGAGUAUGAAAAUGAUCAAAUUUGCUACUGGCAUAUAAGAGUAAAGUAUGGACAACGUAUUCAUCUACAGUUUCUAGAGUUUGAUGUUGAAGACGACAUCGCUUGUAUGGCUGAUUUCUUGGAAAUCUAUGAUAGCUAUGAUGAUAUCAAUGGCUUUGUGGGCAGGUUUUGUGGAGACGAAUUGCCAGAUGAUAUCAUUAGCACAGGCAAUGUUAUGACCUUGAAGUUUUUGACAGAUGCCUCAGUGACUGCUGGUGGUUUUCAAAUUAGGUAUAUUACUAUGGACACGCCUUCAAGGUCAAGUGAUGGAAAGAAUACAACAUCCCAAGCAAAACCAAACUUUUUAUCUGGGAAAUUUGGUAUUAUGUGAGCAGAGUAACGAGACACGCUCAUUAAGAAACACAUUUUAGAACGCAAUUCAGAUAAUCUGUUUCUUCAGAAAAGACAUUUUCUUAAUUUUUUCUUAUUUUCUGCUUUUAUAUAAGUUUUGUUAAUAAAGUAUACUAGGAAAUAAAUUAUAAAAUAUACUUACACGAAUAAUAGAAGACUAUUUUUAGACUACAAGUACUGUAAAAACCUGAAGAAUUCAUUGUUACCAAAGAUUUAAAAAUUAUUUUUCUAUAUAAACUGCUCCGUCUCAUUUCUUGCACCAUUUGAACCUUUUGUGACUGUUUCAAUUAUUUUAAAAUUUAAUAUGCUGUUCUCUCCUUAUUUUUCUUGAUUUCCACAUAUUUAUUUUUUAGAUUGUUACUUUGUUUCUUCCUGUUCUUUACACAUUUUUUUUUAAUUAGCUCAUUUCCCUCAACUGAAAAAGCCUUUAAAGUAAGAUUAUUUUUAAGAUACAUAAAUUCAUCUUGUAAUAAAUUAAUUCAUUACAUCAUUCAUGUAACUGUCUGAAGUCAGAAGAUUUGGAAGCAGCAUGAACAGCAGGGAAUCAGUUAUAUUAUCGUCAUAACUUUGUUGUGAGAUGAGAAACUACUCCAUGAAUUUUGUCAGCGUUUCCUCAUCCAGAGAUGUUCAAGUCCUUUCACUUCUCUGAUUUCACAUAGUAAAGACCAAAUAAAAGACUUCUUAAUUAUAAUAAAACUGGAGAGAUGAAGCAUUAGAAGAAAUUGCUAAACGAGUACCAGCAAAUUCAGAAGUUACUGUCAAGAUGCUGUAUUUUGUUUACAUGGGUUUUAUGGAGACCAUACUAUUUUGUAUUGCUGAACAUAAAUCAUUCUUCAUGUUUUUAACUUGUUCCAGUCCGAAGCAGCAUUAAAGCUACCUCUGUUUGAAUCAUAUCCUGAGUUUU